GGGGACAUUACAAGAUUCAAAUUUUCAACCUUCCCGCUAAGCCUCUGCGCCACCGUCAUCGGCAGCUACACAGACGAUCUUUGCUCGGCGGUAAUCCUAAAAGGUCUCUCUAUCUCUCUCUUAACUAGGGUGUGACUUAGACUUUGGAAAGUCCUUUUGAUCUAUAAACGAUGCAUUGUAUUAGGCUGUGCACUUUUCUAGCCCUAAACCUCUAAUUUUAGGGCUGCGUCUAGGUCUUUGUUCGAAUUAUGGAUUCAGUUGUCGCUACGGUUAGUGGAUACCACGGAUCUGAGCGAUUUAAACUUAUCAAAUUAAUAUCUCAAUCUGGUGCAAGUUAUGUUGGAGCAAUGAAUCCCUCUACCACGCAUUUGAUGUGUCGCAAAUUUGAGGGGAAGAAAUAUGAACUUGCCAGGAAAUUUAAGAUAAUCGUGGUGAAUCAUCGAUGGAUUGAGGACUGUAUAAAACAAGGCAGGCGAGUUUCUGAGCGUCCCUAUAUGAAACGCUGUGGGUUUGAGGUGGGGCCCUUGCUGUUGGAGGCCCCAGUUGUUGCUAAUGAAGUAAGAAGUGUAUUUGGAGAGGUACCUACCACCAGCAACUUCUCAAAAAAACCUGUGAUUAACAUUGAAGAUGGUGAAAGUGGCGAUGAUGAUUGGAAAGAUUCUUGGUUGUUGAAAGAGAACCUGCUUCCUGAUGUGAGACAAAAUAAGAUCGGUUCUAAUAGAUUAAAGAGAAAAUGUACUAAGAGACAAAAUAAGGACUGUUCUGAAUCCUCCAAAGGAAGUCAUAGACUGAUUUUUAAGAAUAUAUGUAAUGAGCUCAAUUCUUGUUCAGAUUCAGAGGAAAAUUCCCAACACACAGAAAUUCACCACAAUGCUGUUGACAUCGGCGAGCCUUCUAAUUCUUCUGGGAGGCAAAAAAGCAGAAGACUUUUCAGAAAAACUUUCCAAGAUCAUGAGAAAAGACCUUUAAUCUUGGAGGAUCUUGAAAAGUUUGAAGAUUUGGGGACUUGUAAUCUUCAAGAUCCAGACUCUAACACAAGGAAUCCUGUAAAUAACUCUUCAGAAGUUGAUGAUGAUAAAUGUAAUGGAAGGAAAUUAUCUACACCACCACAGCAGUUAUCAUGUGUUAUAUGCUGGACAGAUUUUAGUUCAACCAGAGGGGUUCUGCCAUGUGGACAUCGCUUUUGUUUUUCAUGCAUACAGAAUUGGGCAGAUCAUAUGGCGUCUAUGAAAAAGGUUUCCACAUGUCCUUUGUGUAAGGCCAGUUUUUACAGCAUACAGAAGAUGGAAGAUGCUUUAUCUUCUGAUCAGAAAAUAUACUCUCAAACAGUUCCCAAUGAGAAUGCCUCCAUGGAUGUAUACAUUCUUCCACAUGCAGAAGCAUCCACAUUUCAUACUUUGGGAUCAAUACCAUCAACACCAGUUUGCUACCAGUGUGGUUGUGUUGAACCUGAGGAGCUUUUAGUGAGAUGUGAUAGUUGUCAUAUACGUUGUGUUCAUUCUUAUUGCUUGGAUCCUCCACAAUUUCCAUGGGUAUGCAUUCAGUGUAAGGAUCUUCGUAUGCGAUAUUUCCGUUAAAUUUUAGGAACUGUUACUUUAAAAUUGAAACUCAAAACAUAAAGAAAGCAAACUGGGUUUUCUGUUUUUAUACGAUUCGUUUAAGUCUUUCUCUUGUUAAAGAAAGGUGGUGGGG